AUGAGACGCGACUUGUUUGUCGCUUUGGCACUUGUUUCUCUAACAUAUGUGCAGGGACAGUCCUCGGAUGAGCAAGAUGUCAGCAGUGAGGUUGACCCCAUUUCAAGAUGCCUCAAUGAGGUACAGAAAGCGCCAAACGAUUAUGACUUGAACGAAUGCCACAAGUUGGAGAAAUUCAAAGGGCCAGUAUGUCGAGGAUUCAUGUACAUUUACCUAAGACCGACGUUGCCGCUCCCAUAUCUGACGUUGUGCCAUCUUCGAGCGCUGGAGCAUUGCACCAUUUUCGACGGAACAAUUGUCAUCGAUCUCCAUCGUUAUAAUUCGUUGGAAGAGGGAGGAAAAUCUACCAGCGAUGACUAUGAACAAUGCUUGUAUGACCAUUUGGAUGAGUCGUUUGAAACUCCCGCGCGGCUCCAGUCGCAUAUCGACAACGGCGGGAUAAAUGUGAACCAUCCUGGAUUCAAAAAAGAAUUGGCUAAGCAUAGGAUUUUGAAAUACACGAAGAACCUGGUCGAAAUAACAGGAGCACUUUAUGUCAAUCAUGUUCAACAGCUGAAAUACAGCGACAUCGAAGUCGAAUCACUCGGUCAACUCUUCCCGAGUCUCCGAAUUAUCCGCGGAAAUUCGUAUGGGUACAAACAGAGUCUGUAUGUGAAGAAAAGCUAUUUCCGCAAAAUUCGUCUUGAGAAUCUCGUCGCCAUCGUUCGCAACGGUGUUAAGCUGGAAGGCGGCGGAAUUGGCGAAGCCAAUCAGUUGAGAACUUUCAAUACUGGUCCAUCUGGCACAUUCAAGAAACUGCUCCUCGACAAAGACGCGGAAGUUAUAACUACGACGGCAAUAAGUGAAACCGCCAAUUGUCAGAAUCCAAAAGACUUGUCUGAAGUUAAGAACAGCAAAGACUAUCGUUUUUGCUACGAAAAAACAGGCCGUGAUAACAAAGAUUCUUGCUGGGACGAAGGCCCUGUCUUUCCCGAUUCCAACGCAACUCUACAGUCCUACUACUGUCAGAUUGACGUAGAGCGUGUGAUUGUAGAAGCUGAAUGCAACUCGCUCUGUCUAGGCGGAUGCAAGUACAAUUUCGUGAAGCCAGUCCCCAUUGAUCGCUUUCGAUUUGAGUCUUCGAAUAACGCGUUGCCUUCUCUAACUCCUCUUCAAAGAUUUAUCGAUAAUGCAUUGACAACUGCCCCAGAAGAUGCGCCCUUGGCUCUCGAUUGCGCCGGUUGUAAUUGGGCGAAUUCCGUCUCGUUCAUUCAUGAGAGCUGGCGUGACGAAUUCGCCUCUGUCUGCUUUUCAAGAAAGCUCCACGGAAAGUAUUGCGAUGCUGAUUUGGAGAAGCCGAAUUUGGAAAAAUGCGUAAAGAACGGAGAAGAGCCUGUGACGUUCUAUCAUGGUUGUCCGGCAGAGUUUCCAUGGCGAGCGGGAGAACUUGUGUCAGAUUUAGACGAGUUGUAUCCAGAAGGAAUUCAUGGGUGGAGAUGCGUCACAAAGCAGGAGUGCUACGAUUUAUACACAGACAAAGUCGACGAAAACUCAAAGACAAUUUUUCAUUGUGACGAUGAAAGCUGCGUCUCUGGCUCCUGUCAAGGCCCUUCAAUCACUUCUCUCGGAACUUAUCGAGUUUAUCGAUGCAAUGAGCUUGAAACCGAUGUCCAGAAUAUGAUUAGUGAUAGUGUCAUGCCAAGCCAAGGCGAUGAAACGCCAGAUUUAGAAACCUACAGAUGCAACAAAGGAUUCAGCAAGAAAUUGAGCAACGCAACCGACUUUAUUUGUACGAAAUGCUACGACAAGUGCGAAACCUACGUUUGUGACUUUUGUGGUAAAUGGGACGUGGAUCUCGGAUAUCAAGUUCAGUCGGCGACUCAGAGUCUCGGACUCGAGAUAUUUGACGAUGUUGGGUUGAAAGCGAUCGUUGGCUGCGAAAAGAUUCGAACGAAUGGAGGAAUGGUGAUUUCGAUAAAGGAUGAAAAGCUGAUUGAGUCGGUAGAUGGCGGAAUGAGCAAGGUGGACAAAGCUUUCAAAUCUUUACGAGAAAUUGAUUGUUUGACCAUCAAGGGCUCUGAUGCGCUGACUUCGCUGUCCUUCUUAAACCUGACAUCAGUUGCUGGAACGACGUGGAAUAUUGAGAUACAGCAGGAUGCAAAUGAAAGUAAAGCUAUUUUUUCUUUUACACCUUGCCAUUUUUCGAGCACGAAGAAAAGGCCUCAAGAAAACGGCGGAAGUAAAAUUCAAAAGCCGUCCUACCCUGUUAAAAUUCAGCAGAACCAGUCUCUUCAAACUCUUUUUGCGAAAAACAUGGAAUUCACACGGAGCGCCAGGGUUUACAUUCGCAUCAAAGAAGACAAUAAUGGACAGACGAUCAAAUUCUCGCUUGGCAUCAAGUCCAGUAAUUUGUACAUGUUGAAUCGGACGACUGGAGAGGAGACGGAUAUCUCCACCCGUGUGUCUGGAAUAAGCGAAAAUGACUUCCUGUGUCCGAACGAAUAUCUUGAUCUGCACAUGACUAAGAAGAUUCCCAACGGCAAGCAUAUUUCUGAGUGGAACAAUCUUAUUCGCGAGUACGAGCGAAAACCAGAGGCGAACAAGACCCUCGUUUUAUUUCUUAUCACGGAGAGCGAUUUGAAGAAGCUUUAUCUCGAUGAUAUGCGAACUAGACAUCCGCAAAUGACGGCGACGACAUUUGAAGAGUUGUAUGAAAGUCAGCCGCCGGCUGUAAAGAAAAGAUAUGGAAACAAGUCACAACUUUUGCACAAGAUUUUUCUGAGAACUCGAUACUGGCUUCACGAAACUUUCAAAUCAAGACACGACAAUGGUCAUCAAGCAAUUUGUGAUGUCUUCCCUCUUUUGGAUGUCGCAGUCGUUUCAACGCGAAACAAGACAUCUGAUGAUUCGACGCAGGCAGUAACUGAUUCAAACAAGCAAACCUUUUAUGCAAAAUAUAUCCAUCCGAUGAACAAUCCUGUUUUAACCAGCUCAAUGGGAAUGACAAUAAACGAAGUAGUCAAGUUCCUGAAACCAGAACCGUUUAAUAAGCUCUGCUGGGACAAUUCAACCGGAAGUAUGGAUUCAAAUGACACUCCCAUGUGCAGUAAGAACCCUCCAGCGUCGUGUCCUGAUGAGCCAAACAGUCCUGAAGAGCCUUGGAAAUAUAAAUUCAAUGAUGUUGUGAUGGAUGACGGGCCGAAUUUGUAUUUUACAAAAGACAAGGAUAAGCGCAACUAUCGAGCUGAAACUCGACUUUCAGCAUCUAGCUGCAUUUCCUCCAAUACUUACAAUAGAAUUGGCAAUGGAAAUAUCCCUUUAUCGCCAUGUUAUAGCGGCAAAAACUGGGACCCAUUUUCAGCGGAGUACCACUGCAACGACGAGUUCACUACUCGACUGUUAACAGCUUCUGGCAAGGAAGAUAAGUCUGAGGGAACACCUUAUGAAAAGUGUGGCCAUGCAGUGAUGAAAGGUCUCGAUGAUCUCCAUCUUGAAGCGAAUACUCAUUACACUGCCUACUUGGAGGCAGUCAUCAACUUUGGUGAAGACGAUCGACUAGAUACAAAUAAAAAGAUCAUCCUCCGCAGCGACCACAAAAACUUCAAGACAGAUGUCGAUAUUGCAAACUCUGUUACUUUUCCGACACGGCUUAUUUCGAGCGAACGCACUCCUGAUAGAAAUACAACUUCGUUGUCAGUCAAUUAUAAAAUGGAGGUAGUGACCGGGAAGCUCAAAGAAUUCGUGAUUGCUUACACGCGUUGGACUAACAACGUCGGCUAUUGCGAAGACUUUGAAGACCUUGACUUCUUAUUGAAAAAAUACGAGAAGGGAACUAUCGACGAACAAUUCAAAAUGAACUUUCUGAAAGAAGUGCAUCAGAAAUGUGCGCGACCACCUCAGAAAAAGAAAGACUACUCGACUUUUGACCAGAAGAGCAACGACGGGGAGUUUGAAAAGACCGUGCCCAAAACGAAGAAAUCUUUUACCGAGGCUGGAUUUUUCUGUCGACUGAAUGAAAAAGAUAUCAGUAUGAACUUUGAAGGAAACUCGGACGGAUGGUGCGAUCCUAAAUCAGUUCCUGAAAAAUUCGACCAUGUAGAAAUGUUGAAUACUAAUUUAAUGCCGAAUGAUACUGUUAAACCUGAAGAAGUUGAGGAAGUUGAAGAAAGAGAUGACGUUGUCAAAGACUAUGACUCAAGUGAAGAGUUCGAUGCUCUCUGGGAAGACAUGAUGGGAACAUCAGACGAAUCCCUCUCUGAGAAGCAAGAAAAAUGUAACGAGACGUGCAUUUUCAAACGUCUUUCCGAUUUUAUUUGCGAUGAUCUGACAAGAGAGUCUCUGGAGUCAAGAGUCAAGAGAAACAAUCUUGACCCUCUUAAAAGGGACAACGAACUUAGCUGUGGAAAGUUUUUCCCAUAUUACGCAGUGGAAAACACAACCUCUUUCUCAAACGUUUCAAUUCUGGAUCGUAUCGAUCAAAUAGUCAAUUAUACUAGAAGUCUCUACCCAAACUCAAAAAUCGAAGAAAAUCAAGAUCAACCGAAGGGGUCAAUCGAAAAAGUAUCUGAGACAACAUCGAAAAAUUAUGAGUUUCGGUUGAAUUUACAAAAGCGUCUUUUCCUGAUCGGAUGCGCGGAAUGCUUCUUAAAAAUUGAACAGGCGAUGUUAGAUGUCGGGCUGACACAAAAUAUCACGACAAGAGUGAAACCAACAGAGGCGACAACAACGACAAGUGUUGAAACGCCAACAACAGAAACAUCAGGACAACCUAUUGAUGCAUCCAGUCAGUCUUCAGAGGGUGUAUCUGUCUCGUCUGGCGAGAAUUCUUCCUCGCGUGAUAGCGAUGAUAGUAGUUUCUACUCGCUAAAAGAUCAGAGGACGCGAAGGAAAAGGCAAGCAGAUUACUCAAGUUCAAGCCUUUCGGAAUCAUAUUCCGAUGAUCCCUCCUUUGCCUCAGUAGAUUAUGAUCAGGUCGAAGCUCCGCGUCUUCUCAACCGUACGCUUGAUCUAAAUAUAUUGAGAGAUAUCUUCGAUAAUGUGAAGAUCGAAAAAGUUCUGGAGGAAAGCGAACGUGCCUGGACAACGCCUCUCGAUGAUCUGUCAACUGGAAAAACUGUUCUACUAAAAGUGUACGCUUGUAACGAAGGCACUGAUUGUGGAGCGAGCGACUUUCUCAAAGCUCUCGAUAAAUGCUCAGAAAACGAUCCUGCUGUGAGAGCCAGCUGUGAGGACAAGCGUGAAGAUGUCACACUGAACUUGUUGAACGAAACUUUCGCCAAGGAAUCCUUCAACUGGGUUGAUCUAAACGACCAAUCCGAAAUAAACCGCGCCUCUGCAAAGACAAAGUUCAACACGAAGCCAUUCAAGAUCAAUGAUUGUCCUCGUGCCGGCUGCCAGGAAAAUAAAUCAUGGGUUCCUGGCUGUUUGACGGAGAAAAGCGAGUGGGAGUGCAACAACGUCGUCGACAAAAAAACUCGAGCUGGUCUUUCAAGCCCCAGAUUGGCGAAAGCAAAACGGUUACAUCAUGCCGCGAGAAAAAACUUUGCGGAGAAAAUCAACGAAACGAAGUUUUGGGAUUUAUUCUACGCCGCGUCUAAAAAGAACGACAUGGAAACCAUCUUGAAUUUCGAGUGCUUGAAUGAUCCAUCUAAACCGCCUAAAAAGUGGUACACUUUGAAUCGGACAGAUGAGUUGCUUGAUUUCGCCUUCCAAGUGAUUCGUGGUGAAUCACGCUGCUAUCUAUGCCAAGAACCUAGAGAAGAGUGGCCCUGGUGCGACCCUGACCUUUGUGGUUUCCGUUUAUUGAAUCUGGGAGGCGAAGAAAAAAGUAGCAUCCUCGAUCGGGGCGAGUUCGAGUUCCAAAUUCGCAUUUACACAACUUCAACCCUCUUCCAGCGCAACGAAGAUUUUUACACAAAAGGCAUCGAUGAGAAAAAUUUCAAUUCGCAUUUUCAAAUAACGACCUUUUCGGAUUCUAACAAGAUUAUCGUGAAUAUGGCAGAUAAAAGUGUGGAGAUAGUCUUGGUCUCUUCCUUGCUUACCUUAUGCUUUAUUGGCGGUGUGGCUCUCUACAGAUCAAGGCACAAGAAACCGUACAUGACGAUGGAGUGGACCGUCAAUCCGGACUGUUUCGAGCCUGAUCUAGCCCAGAGAGAUGCAUACUAUGCCGCAGGUGGUGCCGCUCAAACAAAGGCAGAAUUUUACAUCAAUGUCGACUUCCUUACACCAGCUGAAGACAUGACUUACAUCGGAACUGGCAACUACGGUGACAUCUAUUUAGCUGAGUAUAAAGAGCCUGAAGAAGAAGGACGCAUCCAUAAAGUUGCUGUCAAGUUCUUCAAAGACGUUCAAGAUACGAAAAAGAUCCACAAAGAGCGGGAAGCAUUCCAGACGCUCGGGAGAACUGGCGGCUUCUUUCAUAUCACUUAUUACUUCGGAUGGAGCUACAUCUCUCAUCCUUCGAUCCCGAUGAUGUCCACUUGCUUGGUGAUGGAAUAUAUGGACUGCAAAAGUUUGAACCACUACCUGCGAACUUACAAUCCAGAGAAAAACACUUCUGGCAGGAGAGCGGAUGAAUCAAUUACGGUCAAGCGUCUUUUGAAGAUGUGCGCCGAUGUGGCUGAUGGAAUGUUCUUCCUAAACGAGGAACUCAAAUUUAUUCAUCGUGACUUGGCAGCGCGAAAUUGUCUUGUGGCCCGUCACGAGACUGUGAAUGGAGAAGUGUACGAAACGGUUAAAAUCUCUGAUUUCGGCCUGACGCGUUCGAUGAUCAACGACGAGAACAAGGAUUACUACUGCCUGGACAUCAACGACAUUCCUAUUCGCUGGUGGCCACCGGAGUCCAUUGAGGGAGGAAAAUUUAUGUCCCUGGGUGACAUUUGGAGCUACGGAGUGCUCCUUUUCGAAGUUGUCACUCUCGGAUGCAUGCCGUAUGUUGACAUUUCGAAUGCAGAAGUCAAAGCGGAAAUCAUGAGAGAUAUCGAGCUCAAAACACACGAAUUCAACGUUUUGAGCAAAAAGUGCUGGCGCGAUAUGAUUUCGAAGAGCCUACUGGCUGUAGGCAUUCCUGCGAAAGAAGCUGACGACGCUUACAAUAACAUAACCAAAAUGAUAAAAAUUUGUUGUCAUUACGAACCGACGAAACGUCCGACCUUCCGUGACUUGCUGGAGAUGAUCGCGCAGUUCGAUCAACUGAAUGGCCUGCAGGACUUCCAAGAAGAAUACUUUUUCUACAAAGGCCGUCAAGAUGAGUCCUACAGCGUUGACAGCGAUUGCGAAACCGAGUCCACCACCGUCACCGAAACCCAAGACGUCAUCAAACCCCUUUUAAACCCAAACAGUUAA